ACAUCUACCUUCAGCCUUUCUCAGCGCUGCAGCUUUGCUGUCCAAAGGCGAAGAGUCAUAACUCAAACAAGUCAGACCUACGUAGACCUACGUGCGAAUGAGGAAAAAACUCAAAAAACAUUGGCAAUGCGACGUCGCUGGCAGUCGGCAGCAGCUCUGGUGUUAGGGCGAUCUCGAAAAAGGUCUGGAGGUGCUACAGAAACUGAUACCAGCAGUGCAGCUGUUCCAACAAGCAAGGACGAAGACGUUGAACCUAUACCCACUAUGGAAGUUGAAGAACGAGGUGAUUCGUUUUGGAGUCGCAUGCCCGUGCAUGCAGACCGAGUGCUGCCACAUAUCUUCAUUGGCAAUUACUCCAGCGGUGCCAACCGGCAGUUCCUUGCUGAGAACAACAUCACAUACAUACUGAACAUGACGAUGGAGAAACACACCAACAGGUUUGAAGGGAUCACCUACCUGAACCUGGGCUUGGACGACCAUGCUGGAGCCGAUAUCUCAAUCUUCUUUAAGCAGGCACACGACUACCUGACAACAGUGCGCUUAGAGGGUGCAGUCGCCCUUGUUCACUGCCACAUGGGUAUUUCUCGUGCCACCACGAUCACCAUGUCGCACAUGCUGCUAGGUGGCAAGAUCUAUGAUGACAUAGAUGAGCAUCAGGAGAAUGCAAAGAAGUUUGCGAGCCGUCGUGCUGUUGACGACAAGGCAUUGAGGGCUGCCCAGGUAGCACCAUUAACAGAGCAAAUAGCGCUUGCGGAUGUCUGGAAACUGGUGUCGUCGCGUCGCAAGUGUGCCUCGCCGAACGACGGCUUUUUCCGACACUUGGAGCUGCUUGAGAUGAGGCUUACAAACCGGAACUCGCCUACCGUCAAACGGUCCAAUAUGUGGGGCAGUAAGUUUAUGCAAGGCAGGUGAAGCGUGCACUGAGCCUCGCUAGUGGCGGCUGUUUAUACAUUUACCACUGGUUUCAACACCGGACCUAAGCAUAAUGAUUAUUGUGUUAUGGUGUACAUGUGGAUUUCUGUUAGUUACUGUUUUACUCUCGAUGACAUGAUGUUACAGACGGUGAAUCAAUGACUCAGAGUACCAGUACUAGUAGCUGAGUUGAUCCACCCACAUUAGGGCUUUUUUAAUAUUACGAUGUAAGUUAGUGGGCCUUUGCAAUGUAUCGCAUUGUAGAUCUAUAGGUGUGUGUGCGUGCGUGUGUGUGUGUUUAUGUUUGCAUGCCCGUUGUGUUUAGCGCUGCUGGUUGGAGUCUAAUGUGUUGUAAAUCCUGGUAGUGGGCGAUCUGCCAGGACUGUGUCCUGUGCAUAACAUUCAGUGUGACCAAUUUGUCUUCUAUUUACUUUGUUCAUUUGUUUUGAUCAUUGAAUGCUAUCCUAUGCACCAUACCCAGCAUGUUUUCAUAACUAUGAGCUGUUUCAUGCCUAUCUUGAUCGAAUUUCAAGUGCUGAAAUAAAUCAUGUCCUUCUUUUCAAUUCGUACGGCAACGCUGGAAUCCAGUAGUGCCACCGUUACAAUUUCCUUCGCGUAUUCAUGCGCCUAUGUAUACUCUUGUCGUGUUAUGUCGGUACUCUUGGAGUUUUAUUGAGAUUUCCUAUUUGACAUUGCUGCCUCUCUGUCUUUGUUCAUGACUUUUGUUCUGUAUUUAUGAACUUACCCUACCCUUUCUCCGUGUACGUCUUAACUAGUUAUUUAUUAGCACUACUCCUGCUUGUGUUUUAGGGUGUCUUCGUUCGUGUUUCUUUGAUUGGCGAAAGCAUCUUUUCAAGUGUG